AUGAAUAUUGAAAUUGAAAUCAAUGAUGUUGAAGAAUAUUCUGAAGAGAAUUCUGAAGAGUGUGUUGAAACAUUGAUUUGGACCUCUUUAAAAAACUUAAAGAGUCUCAAGAAUUUGAUGGUCAGUAAUAAAAAAAUAAAUUAUCAAAUAGAUCACUACUAUUUAUUAAAUAUGCUAGAAGAUUCAAAUCUUGCCUUCAUUGCUUCUUUUGUUACCACAUUUAUAUCAAAAUAUGUGGUAAAUUCUGGUGGUGUCAUACUGCUAAAGUUCAUCAAUGAGGUUCUGGCACAUUUUGAACAGUCCUUCCAUCUUCCCUUGAGCUUGAGUGGUUUCAAUUCCAUUACAGGAAUCAAUUUGUUAACUAGAGACUUGUAUUGUUAUGUUGCAUGUAGUGAAUGCAACAGCAUUUAUUUUGAGUCUGCAUCUGUCCCUUAG